GCGCCGGAAGCAGCCAAGCGACGAGGCGUCGUAGCGUCGCCGGGUUUGGAGCAGCUGCCGCGGAGCCGCCGGACUGACUGUUGGACCCGCCCGCCCCGCCAUGGCCGAGAGCGACUGGGACACGGUGACGGUGCUGCGCAAGAAGGGCCCCACGGCCGCGCAGGCCAAGUCCAAGCAGGCCAUCUUAGCAGCUCAGAGACGAGGAGAAGAUGUGGAGACUUCCAAGAAAUGGGCUGCUGGCCAGAACAAACAGCAUUCAAUCACCAAGAACACUGCCAAGCUGGACCGGGAGACCGAGGAGCUGCACCAUGACCGGGUGACCCUGGAGGUGGGCAAGGUCAUCCAGCAGGGCCGGCAGAGCAAAGGGCUGACACAGAAGGACCUGGCAACGAAAAUCAACGAAAAGCCACAGGUCAUCGCAGACUACGAGAGUGGACGGGCCAUUCCUAAUAACCAGGUCCUGGGCAAAAUUGAGAGAGCCAUCGGCCUCAAGCUCCGGGGGAGAGACAUUGGGAAGCCGAUCGAGAAGGGGCCAAGGGCGAAAUGAAUACAGAGCCUCGAAAUCGGUGCGUUCCGGCCGAUCUCGUCUGGCUGGUUCCCUUUGACCACCAGCGCCAGUGCAGGCCUCCUCCAUGGCCGAGCGGAAACCGGGUAUCAGCCCUGCCCGGGAACCCCCUCUAUCUGAACCUGCUGUCAAACAAAACCUUGCAAAGUGUUUGCUUCUCCAGAUUGUUUUACCUCCCUACCCCCGAGCCUCAAUUUGGGGCACAGAACGCUGCUGUCCUCUCCCAGGGUGUCAGCCUAGCUGUGGGGGUGGCUCCUGAGGGAGCAGAGUAGGAGGGUACGGGGUGGGAUGGCCCAAUCCGGUCCACAGGGGAAAAGGUUCCGCCUCUGGUCCGGCUGUUGGAGAAGCUAAUAAACGUCCGCUGCCCUUCCUG